GCUUGUACGUGACAAAACAACCUAAACAAAGAGGAUAAGGGCGUACUUUGCUAAGCCAUGCCUGUUCUUAGUAGUUUCAGAAUGGAAGUUGUAGCUCCGCUGACUCCGUCCACCGUUCUCUUUCCAUGUCCUCUCCCUUUACGUCACACUCAGAUUGAGAAACUUUAAACCCCCCCUCCCCCAAGUCUAAAUGAAACAUACAGUACAUUACUCUCUCUCUCUCUCUCUCUCUCUCCCCACCUGUACGACCGUUGCAAAGUUUCUUCACACAACCAUCCCUUUUCCCUUUGUCUUGCUUUAUAUCCACCUCUUCCCCUCGGAUAACUCACAAAAGCUAUAAAGAAUCCGUAGAGCUUGACGAGGAGGUGAUGAUGGCCAUGGAGAAGAAAACUUGCAUGGCUUUUCUCGUGAAGCUGCUGACAGCUUUGGUUUUGGUAUUAAUAUCAGUUCUUGAGAAUCAUGAAGUGGGUGCAAGGUUUGUGGUGGAGAAGAGUAGUAUUACUGUUCUAUCUCCCAUGAACAUGCAUUCAAAGCGCGACGGCGCCAUAGGGAACUUUGGAGUUCCAGAUUAUGGAGGCUAUCUGGCGGGCUCUCUGGUCUAUCCCGAGAAAGGCUCCAACGGGUGCGAGGCCUUUGAGGGUGAUAAGCCUUUCAAGUCCAAAUUCUCUCGCCCCAAUGUUCUUCUUCUUGACCGAGGAGGAUGCUACUUUGCCUUGAAAGUAUGGAAUGGACAACAGGCAGGAGCUGCAGCUGUUUUAGUGGCUGAUAACGUUGACGAGCCUCUAAUUACCAUGGAUUCUCCCGCGGAAAGCAUUGAUUCAGAUGGGUACAUAGAGAAGAUUGGAAUUCCAUCAGCUUUGAUAGAGAAGUCUUUUGGCGAAAGCUUGAAGGAAGGUCUGAAAAAAAAAGAGGACGUUAUAAUAAGAAUAGACUGGAGAGAGGCUGUGCCCCAUCCAGAUGAGAGGGUUGAGUAUGAGUUUUGGACGAACACCAACGACGAAUGUGGGGCUCGCUGCGACGAGCAGAUGGAUUUUGUGAGGAAUUUCAGGGGCCACGCUCAGAUUCUUGAGAAGGGGGGUUACACCCUUUUCACACCACACUACAUAACUUGGUACUGCCCGCUCGCAUUCAUCCAUAGCAGUCGAUGCAAAUCUCAGUGCAUAAACAAUGGAAGAUACUGUGCUCCAGACCCAGAGAAAGAUUUUGGAGAGGGAUAUCAAGGGAAAGAUGUGGUCCUUGAGAACUUGAGGCAGCUCUGUGUGCAUAGAGUCGCCAAGGAGAGCAACCGGCCAUGGGUUUGGUGGGAUUAUGCUACAGAUUUCCAUAUUAGGUGUUCCAUGAAGGAGAAGAGAUAUAGCAAGGAUUGUGCUGAGUAUGUCAUUGAAGCACUUGGUCUUCCCAUCGAGAAGAUUAGAAAGUGCAUCGGUGACCCUGAAGCUGAUAUGGAAAAUGAAGUCCUAAGAACUGAGCAAGAACUCCAGGUCGGGCGAGGAUCUCGUGGUGAUGUAACCAUCUUGCCAACAGUGGUCAUUAACAAUGUUCAGUAUCGAGGAAAAUUGGAGAGAAGUGCUGUGCUGAAAGCCAUAUGUGCUGGAUUCAAAGAGACCACUGAUCCUCCAGUUUGUUUAAGUGGAGAUAUUGAGACUAAUGAGUGCGCUCAUGAACACAAUGGUGGCUGUUGGCGGGACACACGCUCUAAUGUAACUGCUUGUAAGGACACAUUUAGAGGAAGAGUCUGCGAGUGCCCGGUGGUAAAUGGCGUUCAAUAUCAAGGAGAUGGUUACACAUCUUGUACACCUUUUGGAUCUGCAAGAUGCUCAAUAUAUAAUGGAGGUUGCUGGUCAGAAGUUAGAGAUGGAUUGACCUUCUCGGCUUGCUCAGAGUCUGAUCUACAUGGCUGUCGCUGCCCACUUGGCUUUCAUGGGGAUGGUCAGAAAUGCGAAGAUGUUGAUGAAUGCAAGGAACACAGUCGUUGUCGGUGUAAUGGUUGCAGCUGCAGAAACACUUGGGGUAGUUAUGAAUGCAAGUGUAAGGGGGACCUUCUGUAUAUAAAGGAGCAAGAUGCUUGUAUUGAAAGAAAUAGAUCACGAUUUGGAUGGUUUCCAUCCUUCUUGGUCCUUGCAGCUUUGGCGGCAGCUUGUAUAGCUGGUUAUAUAUUCUAUAAAUAUAGGCUACGGUCUUACAUGGACACAGAGAUCAUGGCUAUCAUGUCACAAUACAUGCCACUAGACAACCAGCAUGAUAAUCAAGUCCAAACUGAUCAAGCCGAACCUUUACGACGAGGCUCGGUGUAAGGAAUGAGAUCAAAGGGAAUCCAUUCAAGAGGACCAUAUGAAUGCUAGAUGUGAAUAUUCAGAUACAUUCCACGUCUCACAUGUGGAAAACAAAGGGCAGAUCCAGUUCUUCCUUUAUAAUAUCAGUAUCAUUUUAGGAUGACUAUGAGCUAUAUACCUAGCUAUAUAGACAACUUUUUAUGCA